AUAAAAAUCUACAGACAACUAGGCUUACAAAAAACUUAAGUGACACUUUGUUUCUUGUUUUGUCACCCGUCUGUUUUUGUUAAUUGCUGCAACCAGAGUUCUGAUUGGCCACUUGACUCCAUUUGUUUAUCCUAGAGUGCAGAUAGGAUAAAGAGACAUAAAUGACGAAUGGGCGCAUCACCCUCUAUUGUCCCUAUGAUUUAUAUAUUGAGGGAAUGAAUAAGAGACUGCAGGUUGUUCACUGGUGGAUAGGACAUUCACUAUUGGAGACCAAUGCCCUCACGGAACCUCGGUUUCACUGAGCCAGGCUGCAAGAGAAUGACCCCCAAAUCUACGUGCGCUUCAGAAAGAAGAAAUGGGACCUUUAACUCUAACUGGAAUUCAACAUCAGAUCUUGUGCCAGGAUUGUUGAACACUAAAGAUCAACAUUUUAAACACAACAGAGAAUCUGAGCCGGUAAAUGUAGACUUGACGACUGAAGAAUGCUCAUCUGUGUUUGGUAAUGAGAACACAAGAACGAAAAACCAAAGGAAAAGGAUGCCAGGUAAAUCACCGAGCAAACAACGUGGCAAUCGCAGAAUGAAGGCGAACGACAGAGAAAGGGAUCGUAUGCAUAAACUGAACUCUGCCCUGGAUACCCUGAGAAGCGUCCUUCCAACUUUUCCUGAUGAUGCAAAAUUGACAAAAAUUGAGACUUUAAGGUUCGCUCAUAAUUAUAUUUGGGCAUUGUCAGAAACGCUGAGAAUUCCAGAUCAUGUUCGACAUAUUUCACAUCACGUUCAAGAGAACCUCGUGGUGCCAAGUGGAUGUUUGGAUUUGCGUUAUGGCGCACCAGACGAUUGCAUGUCCAAGUGGCACUCGACGAUCUCACCAUCAAGUUGGCAAGAAACACAAGGCAACUACACGAAUUUAUUACUUGAAGAAUUUAACAGCAAUUUUCAAGAAAACUUGACUUUUCGUUUUGCCAGAGAAAGCUUUUGCGAGUAGCAAGAUUUUUUUCUCACACAGCAAAUUUGGCAGAUUUGUUUUUUGCCUUGUUGCGUCUAAGCCUUCAAACAAACAAAAAACAUGCAUAUUUAAAAUGUUUUUAUAUGCAUUCAAUCAUUUUAUAAUGAUUUCAAGGGCUGAUUUUUUAGGCCUACUUAUUUCAGUAAAUUAAUCACUCUCCUUGCUUAAAUCAGAUAAUUGUUGCAAAUAUUUCGUUAUUUUUUGUAUAAGCAAUUAAAUGUAAAAUAUUUUUAUCUGUUUCUUAUGAGUGCAUUUUUUAUUUAUGCACGUAUUUAUUUGUUUUGCUAUGAGUCUACAAAAAUAAUUUAUGUGCAAUUAAUUUUUCCUUUAAUAAGUUAUUAUUGAAUCGUACUUGUAAAUUAGCCGGAACACCAGUGUUAUUUUGAUGACUAUUCAAUAAUUGGUUUAAAAGGUGAUAACAUUCUACUAAAGCACUAAAAACUAAAUGGAAAAAAAUAUACACUGAGUAAUAUAAAGUUUUUGCUUUUACUUUCUUUGUGCCAUCUGUGUUUGAGUAGGCUAUUUUCAGUUGUUUGCACAAAUACUAACAUUCUUAAAUUAUCAACUUGA